UUCCGACUGACAGUUGUUGUUGACAUUUGGUAAUGCUGUCAGUGGCCUCCGAUGCUGUGAGUCGUUUGUUGUUGUCUGUGCAGUUUCAAAAGAGCGGCAAAAUAGUGUAGCGGUGUUUUGGAGUGAAGUGAAAAAGGGCCAGAUCGUUUAUUGAUAUCGAUUAGAUUCAAGGCAUAUGAACUUUUAAACCUCAGCUAUGGAAUAUACUAAUGUUCACCGGGCAUUCCUGCAAGCAUGCUCGAACCAUGGGACAGUUAGCAAGCAGAAUGCACUCGACAUACUCAUUGGCAUCUAUGCCCGCUACGGCGAUAACGACACUAUUCCAAAGGAUGACGAUGUCAUCGAUGUUGUGGCCAAAAUAAAUGAACGUAUCUACCAAUUUGAUCAGAAGAUUGCCUACACGCACUUCGAACCACUCGACAAUGACUUUUACGUGUUUGUGAAUACGCAAGAGUCACCGAUCGAUCUGCAUCAGAAUGUAUACAACCCGCAGGAGCUCCAUUUCUUCCGGGUGUUGCUGCGCGAACUUACGUUGAGCGAGGACCAUACGCUAACCAUGAUUAACUGUCUCAAUCUUACCAACGACACGGUGGGAGAAACCGUAAAGCCCCUUCCAAAGACACGGGCAGAACAAUUGCUAAAUGAGUGGGAGGAAUUGGGAUACUUCGCAGUGCUGGAUGAAAAGUUUCAUUUUGGACCGAAGUCGGUUGUAGAAUUUGAAAAAUAUCUCAGCAAAAACUACGCCGAUAUUAUAACGCGCUGUUGCCUUUGCAACGUUACUAUAUUCUAUGGUGUCCGUUGUGCUUCCUGUCCGCAGAUUCUGCACAAAGAUUGUUUGAAAAAGUAUCUCCGCAGACUUACGAAUUGUCCGGCUUGUAAGGAAUUGUGGAGCGUUCCAGUAUAGUGGAAUUCACUGAAAUUGCAUUUAUU